AUGCAAGUCCACCUCACUAGACAUCACCCGACUGUCAAGGCUGAUUCUGAAAGGAAACCACUCAAGAGAACACUUGAACAGAGAACGUUGGGCUCCUUUUCACAUUAUGCUUUCAAUUCCGAACGUCACAAGCUCAUCACACGACAAAUUGCGAUGUUUAUUGCCAGAGAUCUGAGACCAUUUUCAACAGUGGAGAAUGAUUCUUUCGUUGAACUGUUAAGAGUUCUAGAACCAAAAUACAAUGUGCCAGGGAGGACAUAUUUUACUGGAAAGGUUGUUCCUGAACUGUACAAGGAAUGCAAGAUGGAAGUGGAGAAUGGUCUGAGAAAAGCAAUAACAACAGACGGGUGGACGUCAAGGGCAACAGAGAGCUACAUAACUGUCACAUGUCACUACAUUUCAGAUGACUGGAAGUUAGUCAACAAUUUCCUGCAAACCAAUGCCAUUUAUGAAUCUCACACUGGAGCCAAUGUUGGAGAGAUUCUGUCUGAUGCAGUAAAGGAAUGGAAACUGGAGAGAUCUGAACCUGUUAUUUGUGUGACAGAUAAUGCUGCCAACAUGACAGUCGCUGUAAAAGAGGCCAGGUUAAAACAUGUGAAAUGUUUUGCUCACACCAUCAAUCUUGCAUCCCAAAAAGGUCUCAAAGUCGACACAGUGUGUAGAGUUCUGUCAAAAGUCAGGCGAAUUGUCGGCUUCUUCCACCGUAGUUCUACUGCAACUGCCCUGCUGAGAGAAAAACAAAAAAUGUUGCAACUGCCAGAGCAUAAGUUGAUCCAAGAUGUCUGCACGAGGUGGAACAGCAGUUUUGACAUGAUUCAUAGGUUCCUGGAACAACAACCUGCUAUCCUUGCUGUCCUGAUUAGCAAGAUGCAUUUUGUGUGUGCCAGGAACAUCUGUUCCAAGUGA